UAUAUGUGUGGCCUUUAUGGUGUUGUUAGCUAGAGAAGUCAGCCAGCUAGCCGUUGCUAACUGGCAACCGUGACCAGACAGCAUAAGUAGAAAUCAGGCUGGGAUAGGGUUGCUAAACUGUUUUGGUGAUGGUGAAGGUGAUUUCACAACUUAUAACGGAGCAAAUGUUCGAUCAUGGCUCCCAAUUUUGGGAGCUCUGCAGUCCGACCUUAGCAACUAUAGGUCAGGCUGCGCUUCGUUGAGGAAGGAGAGGUGCCUAGUACUAGAGUAUGUGCCUGAAAACCUAUAGUUCGAUCACUGCUGCAGACGACUAUUCCUACAUAACCCUCCCAAAUCGGCGUAACGAAAAUGCACAUGAGCAGAAAUGGAGUGAUUGGGAAGCGGAGUCCCCAUUUAUCGUGGACGAGAAGGCUAUACCUUUGAAGUAGAUGAAGAGUUUCUGACCAUGACAGAGUUGUAUCUGCAACGCUAUUGCACUCUACUUCAGCCUGCCACGAAACCAGUAGACAACACUGGGAUAUGGGUAUGGCCUAAGGGGGUACAAGGUCCGGACCAAAAGAGGAACUGAUGUUGAAGCUGUCCUGAUCCCUAACAACAUCCUGCUGGGGCCACACAGCAGCAGAAUAUUCUACCCAGGACAGACCACCCGCUGCUAUAUCUGUGAUGCCAUGGACCACCAGGUGAAGGAUUGCAAGACUGUUACGUGCUGGAGAUGCAGUGAGUUCGGCCACAAGUCCAGAGACUGCACGAGUGAAAGCAAGUGCACACCCUGCAAUGGUGAUGGGCACACCUAAUUCAACUGUCUACAAGCCUAAAGCAACAGAGCAAAGAACGGUGGAAGGACAGCAGAAACUGAAAUGCAACAACCAACACAGCCAGUAGACGAGCCACAGAUCCCACAGCACGUCCCCAAACAAGAUGAACAGCAGAGAGGUGGGGAAGAGGAGGACAAGGGAACCGAGAGGUCAAGAGGAGAAACAUCACAAACCCGAGAGCAACAGCCACAAUGAGUAGGAGAACGAUGACAGCUUUUAGUCUUCAGGGAAGAGCCAUCACAAGACACCUCCCUCCCUGAUGACACAGGUCCUGCAGCAGACUGGUCCACUCAAAUAGAGGCUCAUGAUGACGAUCCACCAAACCUUGCCAGUACUCCGGCCACCUCCCACCUCCCUAGUGGCUACCCUCCUCUGCCCCCAGACACUUCCAGCUCCAAUGAAGGCACCCAUCCGUCAAAAAGUGACAAGCCUGUGUCUUCUCUCCAGCUGUGACUGCGAUGGAGGAGGUGUCUCUGAGAGUGCUGCCAAUGGACCCAGCAGACUGGGGAACCCAGAGGGUCAGACUGGGCCCAGGGCUGAUGUCCUCCCUGGGGUUGGGGCUGGGCUCUCCUGUUCUGGUGGCUCUGUCUGGAGGGUCCUGUCUCUGUACUGCCUGGCCAAGGCCUGACCUGGCUGACGGAUUCAUACAGAUGGAUAUGAAAUGUUGUUCUUCAAAUCUUAUCUUAAACAAAGCUACACCCACACACCUCAGCCUACCCCUAACCCCCAGCCCUAACCCUAGCCCCAGCUCUAGCCCACUUCCCCCCAGCCCAUGCCUAAAUCCUAGUCUCACCCCAGUCUCCUGCCCCAAGCUGAAAGGCAUCCGAAUAACAGUGGUGGUUCAGAGUGUGGAGUUCCGGAAAACCACCCCUCCCAGUUUCAUCCAUGAACUAGUGAAGGACAUGCUGAAAGGGACAUAUGUCCACCAGAAGCACGUGAUAGAUGUGGGUGACUAUGACACGGACAUUAAACUGAUCGUCAUCGAGAGCCUGAACCCAAAGUCCACAGUGACUGGUUUGGUUACAUCUAAGACAGGGGUGGAAAUAACGGGAACGAGGACCCUCAGGUAUUACAGAGGACAGCUCCAGGAGCAGCCCCAGGUCCUGCUGGGAGGACUGGAAGAGGUGUCAGCGUCUCUGAGAGAGAUGUUGCACCUGCCUCUGCAGUACCCUGCUACCCUGGGCUCCCUGGGUCUCUCCUGCCCCAGAGGAGUGCUCCUUGCUGGGCCGCCGGGGGUCGGAAAGACCCUGCUGGUCCGCUGCCUGGUGGGGGAGGUGGGGGCCAGCCUGAUCACAGUCAGAGGACCAGAGGUAGUAGGGUCUCGGCCAGGGGAGAGUGAGGAGAGGUUGCGGGCGGUGUUUGGUCGGGCGCGGGCAGCGGCAGAGGAAGGGCCUUGUGUGUUGUUCCUGGAUGAGCUGGACUCUCUCUGUCCCAGACGGACUGGAUCCUCCGCACCCGAGAACCGGCUGGUCGCUCAACUGCUCACGCUCAUGGACGGCAUGGACCAAUCAGAUCGCUUCCUCAUCGUAGGAGCCACUAAUCAGCCGGACAGCUUGGACCCGGCGCUACGGAGGCCCGGGAGGUUCGACAGAGAGGUGGUUAUCGGUGCCCCCACAGCACAACAGCGGUUGUCCAUCCUGUCAGUGCUGUGCCAGGCCAUGCCAGUGUGUGUCAGUGUGGACUGGGCAGAGCUGGCCCAGAGGACUACAGGAUAUGUGGGUGCUGACCUCAGUGCUCUCUGCCGUGAGGCUGCCAUGCUGGCUAUACGACACAACACACCGGGUUCAGGGGAGCAGACUGUCACCAUGGAACACUUCCUGUCUGCCCUGAAGACUGUCCGUCCAUCCUGUCUGAGGGGCAGUCUGGGACGGACAGACCUCCCAGCCGUCUCCUGGGAACAGAUAGGAGGCCUGGAGGAAGUCAAAGCCAAACUACAACAGAGUAUAGAGUGGCCAAUGCGUUACCCGGAGGCGUUUGUGCGUCUGGGUCUGUCCCGUCCCAGGGGGGUGUUGCUGUACGGUCCCCCAGGCUGUGCUAAGACCACCCUGGUCAGGGCUGCAGCUACCUCCUCCCAUUGCUCCUUCCUGUCAGUCAGCGGGGCUGACCUCUACUCUCCAUAUGUAGGAGAUUCGGAGAAGGCCCUGGCUCAGCUCUUUCGUCAGGCGCGGGCCUGCGCUCCCUCCAUCCUGUUCCUGGAUGAGGUGGACUCUCUGAUUGGCUCCCGGUCAGAAGGCCAUGUCCCUCAGAGUGCCCAGACCCGCCUCCUGUCUGUGCUGCUGAAUGAGCUGGACGGGGUAGGCUUUAGGACCCUGGAGAGGAGAGGAGCAGGGAAGACCCUACAGGCUGAGGGAGUGGAGCACCACCAGCAACAGGAACAUUUGGAGUACCAGGAGGUGUGUAACAAGGAAGUGAUGAUUGUAGCCGCCACGAACAGACCAGACUCUCUGGACAGUGCCCUCCUAAGGCCUGGAAGACUGGAUCAGAUCAUCUAUGUACCCCCACCUGACCUACAGGCGCGUGUGUCCAUCCUGCAGGUGUGUACAGAGAAGAUGCCUCUGGAUGAUGAUGUGUGUCUGGAGGAGCUGGCUAGACACACUGACCUUUACUCUGGAGCAGACCUGGAGAACCUGUGCAGAGAGGCAGCUCUGUUGACCCUCCAGGAUGAAAGUAUGGAAGCUUCUAGUAUCAAACACCGAUACUUCCUCCAGUCUUUACAGAGGAUGACUCCCUCUCUUUCGACCCAGCAACUCCAGACAUACAAAAACCUCUUCAGAUGACCAACUAUAGACCCCCCCCAUCACAAGAUGCCUCGGACUUGGAAAAUAAAAAUUACAUUGUUUCCUUUCCUUUUUGGGGGUUUGUUGGCUGUUUAUGGUGAUGAGUUGACGGUAUGUAGGCCUAAUUACAUUAGUACAUUGAGAUGAUUGUAAUACAUCAGCACAAGCAGGAUCUCCACUCCAGUCCUCCAACAACACACACUUAAUGUAGCCCGUACAAAAACAACUGAUUCAACUUUAAGGGCUUGAUGAUUAGAAUCAGGUGUGCUUGUCCAGAACCACAACAAAAAUAUAUACUGUUGGUGUAACUAGAGGACCAGAAACUGCUCGUUCAUGGUCUUGCCCAGGGAGUCACGGUCAAGAACCCCCAACCUGGGAAAACCGGUGCCACAGGGACCCCCUUCCUGAUUCAUUCUGUCUUAUUGGGUAAAGGAUCAUGGCCACGCAAAGUCAUUGAAAUGUUUUGACCUCCCCACAGUUAAUGAAAUACACAAGUGUGAACUUUAAGUCUAUUUUAGCUAGAAAAGGUAACUCAAAGUACACUGCUCAAAAAAAUAAAGGGAACACUUAAACAACACAAUGUAACUCCAAGUCAAUCACACUUCUGUGAAAUCAAACUGUCCACUUAGGAAGCAACACUGACAAAUUUCACAUGCUGUUGUGCAAAUGGAAUAGACAACAGGUGUAAAUUAUAGGCAUUUAGCAAGACACCCCCAAUAAAGGAAUAGUUCUGCAGGUGAUAACCACAGACCACUUCUCAGUUCCUAUGCUUCCUGGCUGAUGUUUUGGUCACUUUUGAAUGCUGGCGGUGCUUUGACUCUAGUGGUAGCAUGAGACGGAGUCUACAACACACAAGUGGCUCAGGUAGUGCAGCUCAUCCAGGAUGGCACAUCAAUGGGAGCUGUGGCAAGGUUUGCUGUGUCUGUCAGCGUAGUGUCCAGAGCAUGGAGGUGCUAGCAGGAGACAGGCCAGUACAUCAGGAGACGUGGAGGAGGGCAACAACCCAGCAGCAGGACCGCUACCUCCGCCCUUGUUCAAGGAGGAGCACUGCCAGAGCCCUGCAAAAUGACCUCCAGCAGGCCACAAAUGUGCAUGUGUCUGCUCAAACGGUCAGAAACAGACUCCAUGAGGGUCUGACGUCCACAGGUGGGGGUUGUGCUUACAGCCCAACACCGUGCAGGACGUUUGGCAUUUGCCAGAGAACACCAAGAUUGGCAAAUUCGCCACUGGCGCCCUGUGCUCUUCACAGAUGAAAGCAGGUUCACACUGAGCAUGUGACAGUCUGGAGACGCCAUAAAGAACGUUCUGCUGCCUGCAACAUCCUCCAGCAUGACCGGUUUGGAGGUGGGUCAGUCAUGGUGUGGGGUGGCAUUUCUUUGGGGGGCCGCACAGCCCUCCAUGUGCUCGCCAGAGGUAGCCUGACUGCCAUUAGGUACCGAGAUGAGAUCCUCAGACCCCUUGUGAGACCAUAUGCUGGUGUGGUUGGCCCUGGGUUACUCCUAAUGCAAGACAAUGCUAGACCUCAUGCGGCUGGAGUGUGUCAGCAGUUCCUGCAAGAGGAAGGCAUUGAUGCUAUGGACUGGCCCGCCCGUUCUCCAGACCUGAAUCCAAUUUAGCACAUCUGGGACAUCAUGUCUCGCUCCAUCCACCAAUGCCACGUUGCACCACAGACUGUCCGGGAGUUGGCGGAUGCUUUAGUCCAGGUCUGGGAGGAGAUCCCUCAGGAGACCAUCCGUCACCUCAUCAGGAGCAUGCCCAGGCGUUGUAGGGAGGUCAUACAGGCACGUGGAGGCCACACACACACUACUGAGCCUCAUUUUGACUUGUUUUAAGGACAUUACAAAGUUGGAUCAGCCUGUAGUGUAGUUUUCCACUUUAAUUUUGAGUGUCACUCCAAAUCCAGACCUCCAUGGGUUAAUAAAUUUGAUUUCCAUUGAUAAUUUUAUCAUCAGCACAUUCAACUAUGUAAAGAAAAAAGUAUUUAAUAAGAAUAUUUCAUUCAUUCAGAUCUAGGUUGAGUUAUUUUAGUGUUCCCUUUUUUUUUUGAGCAGUGUAUAUUGGUUAACAGCUGAUUUAAAAAGUUGGACAUUUUAGCCAACACAUGGCUAAGUCAAGGAAGUUUACCAGCAGCAUCCUGUGUUGAAUACCUCUGCUCUAGUCCCCUUUAGAAGCAGAACAAAACACAACUCUUUAGGUCGGUGUUCAAAGGAAGAUAUUUAUUUCUAAAUGUAACAGGUUCUUCAUUCACAUGUUUCCAGUCAAUGUAUCUGCCAGUUGAGUAAAGGGACGUGAGAGUGACAGACUCAGACAGGUCUCAGUCUAGUGAUAAAGUAACUCAAAAGAUUGUUUAAAUGAAUCAUGGUUAUCCAACAGCUGAUCAUGUGAUCAACAGGCAAGACUGCAUCCUGAUUUUAAGGGAAUAUAAGUCAGUUCUCAUGCCCAUAUUAGUUUACCAAUUAAAGUAUGCCAUUUGGGACGUUCCCAUACUUCAUUCUACCUAGUAGUACACAAGUGUGGAUAUUGGAGCAGAGCCUUAUUAAGUGUUCAGGUUGAAGUAAUGAAUGUGCAAAUCACUGAAACACUGGUGAGUGCUGGUGUAGAGCCAAACCUGACAAUGUGAUCGACCAAAUACCUUAACAUAAAAUAAAUCAAACAAGAGCAACACAAGGCAGGUAAUGCAUAUACUGAUAUGAUUUGCAGUUAAAGAAAAUGUCAUUUUAGUCUGUUCCAACCAACAUGUUGAUAAGCUUGGACAGGAAGACUGACAGUGGUUUAAGGAACCAACCAAGACCUGAAGACAAUGCCAAAUGUAUUUAUAUACACACAAUGACUGAAUUAUGCAUAUUAUAAAUAUUGGCAUCUCACAGCCCUCAAUGCUUAUGGAAUAAUACUGCAUUUCUGAAAUGUUGACAGAAUCAAUCUGAUAAGCAAAUAAAACUGGUUGAUAUUAACUAGAAGCAGUAGUCAUGCAUUUCCCUACUACAGUAUUAAAACAUGAUUCAAAGUCAGUUUCCUGAUUUCAGCCAGAAUAAGUUAACUGUUAAAGAAACAAGUAAAACAAACAAAAAGAGUAUGGUCAGUACUCUAAAUUCAGAACCAUUUUAACAUAAAAACACAUCCUCUCUGUCUACUGGUUCAACACGGUCAGUAAAAGGAGAAGGCAAUAUGGACACGAUCAUCAGAUCAAUAAUACAAUCAGAUGUAUGGAUGAACCUUUUAGAGACGGCCUGGGCCUCAUCUCUGGCUGUGCCUGAAAACGUUACUAGUUUCCACAGUCCUUUUUUCCCCCCUCAAUUCCUCUCAAAGCUCAUUGGAGGUGGUCGUCAGAGGGUAGUACCUUGGAUCUUCUCCGCCAAUUAACUUUGAGGA